CAAAUAAAAUUAUCUUAUUUGUCAUACACCCGCCACCCACGACUGUUGACCUUACAAAAAUAGAUUAAUUAUAACAUAGAGCAUGCUGCUAUAUCAUAAUAUAGAUUAGAUAGAGCCAUAGAAUAAUAGUUCAACGGUUCAACUUCAACCGCCAUAUCUGAGUAUCUAUAAACAAUCACUGUCAACGAUGUAAAUAAUGAUGGAAUCUUUACACAUCUAACCUAACAAUAACAGCGAUUCGUCAUACCGCUAUAACUGUCUGGCCCCGACUUUUGCGUCUUUUGUCCUCGGGGUUUCAAUUUUCGCACUCGUCUUUUAAACUGCAGAAAAAAAAUUUGGCUCUUGUUAGACGUUUAGGUACCUACCUACUAUGUAUCCACACCGUAAUCCGGUCUUGGGAACCAUUUAUCUUGACGAACCCGACUACUCGUCCGAAGAUUCCGAUGAACCGUUGCCCAGGUUGUACGUCUCAUUGAUUCGAUUCUGUCCGUACUCGGAAAGGAUUCGUCUAAUAUUAAGCAUAAAGGGUAAUCCAGACCGCAUGUAUAAGUAUAUUGAUUCGAUAGAUAACCCCGGCGACUUCUUAAAAAGGAAUCAUGCUUGUAAAAUUCCCUAUAUAAAGUAUGAUGAAAAAGUUAUCUAUGAUAGCUUGGAGCAGGCAGAUUUCCUGGACGAACAGUACCCUGAAUUACCAUUGUGGAAUUGCAGUCCAUCCCAGAAAAUUGUGGACAAGCUUUUUAUAGAGUCUUUUGCUAAAGUGGAAACAGCGGUACAUAAGUUAUUUAUGACAACAAAAGAAGUAAAAAAUGAAAAUUUUGAAGAACUUAUUGCAUGUUUAACACCAUUUGAAGUUGAACUAGUUAAACGAGGAACAAAAUAUUUUGGAGGUGAAGAACCAAAUAUGAUGGAUGUCCUGAUGUUGCCUUGGUUUGUGCUUAUGGAUGCUAUAAAUCCAUAUUCUAAAGGAAAAUUUAUUUUUCCUUUUGAUUCCAAAUUUCCUAAAUUGGCAGAGUGGAAAGUCUCAUUUGUUGAUUUAGGAGUUCAAUUGGGUUAUCCUAAGUUCCUCGCUGAACAUAUUGAACUAAUAAAAAGUAAGAUUUCUGUACUUGGUAUUUGAAGAACAUGCUGAUAUUUAAUUUUCCAAACUAUUAAUUAAAUAUUAUUUUUCAUAUACUAUUUGAAUAAAAAUAGUUAUUAUAUAAUUUACUGUAUGGAAAUAGAUUACUUUUAAUAUUAUAUCAAUUACUAUAAUUAAUUAUUCAUUCUUGUCGAUCAAGUUAAUAUAUUAUAUUCAACCAUUCAAAUUAUUAAAUUAAAAUGUUUAUUUAUUACGAUUAUAAAUGUCCACGAUGAUGUCAAUAUAUCAACUUUUUUAUUAUGCUGUGUAUGAGUCACAUCUGACGUCAACAAUUUAAUAUAGGUAAUAUCAUAAUUUGAGAUGAGAAUAUAAUAGUAUAGGUAAUGUAGGUUACAUGUAUAAUUAUGUCCAUAUGGGAAAUAAAAUAAAAAUUUAACUAAGUUUCAGAAAUCAGAGUUAUAUACUUUAUAUAACUAUAUCCUACUAAGGACAAUAGGACAUAGGUGUAUCCAGACCUUUGACGCAGAGGGUGCAAAAUGGUGCGUACCCGAGGACCUCCCUUUUUUUAAAACAAUUUUGAAAUUCUGAAUUCAUCAUUAUCAUAAUAUCUAACAUGAAUUUUAAAAAAAAUGGUGUCCCCUAUUUCAGAUAACGGAUGUCAGUAGAUAAACAAUUAAAACAAAAUCAUACACCGAACAUAUGCAUGGAUAAUAAAUUGUUAUUUACACAUCUUGUUACUUGUCCCAAUUGUUGGGUUAAAAUAUUGAAAAACGGAUCCAAUUGACAUAAUAUAUUUUGUUCACACAAAAAGUAUAGGUAUAU